UAUUAAUUUUGAUGAAAAUUUCAUCAUAUGUAUUAAAUUAUGUAAUUAAAACAAAUAGUUGAAUUAUAAUCAAUUAUCAGUUCUCGCCACGUGCUAAACUCACGGAUAUAAAAGUUUAUGUGCCUAUGUACCUUAAGAGAGUGUUAUCUUAUUCUUAAAAUAAACAAAAUAUUAACAUGGACCUGUGUGCUUUCUUAAAUUUCAGUGUAUAGAAUUUUAACAAUGUGUACGAAAAGGUGAUUCGAUGCCAAUUUGAAUAAUACGAAAUAUUCUAAAUUUUAGUUAUAAAUUUGAAAAUUGAAAACCAUUAUGAGCAAAAACGCCAAUGACAGAGGCAAUGGGCCAACAAAACCAGGACCAGCAACGCCUUUGAUAGCAGUAACAACCAGAGGCCUUGGUACUUACCAAAUUACCAGAAAUGUACAAACUACAGAACAAGUUCAAAUUGCAGGCGGCUAUGAUCCACCAAAAAGCCAUUGUUGUAGUUUGGCUUGCUGUCCAAAACCAAAAUGUGAUCGAUGUUGGAAAAUUACGCGUUCAGUUUGUCCCAUACUGGAUUGGCUGCCCGGGUAUUCCCUCAAACGAGAUCUAUUCGGGGACAUGAUAGCGGGCAUGACAACUGCAAUAAUGCAUGUACCGCAAGGUAUGGCAUAUGCUUUGUUAGCAAAUGUUAUUCCAACAGCAGGAUUAUAUAUGGCUUUCUUUCCUGCAUUGGUUUAUGUAGUUUUUGGGUCAUCCAGACAUGUAUCCAUGGGAACAUUUGCUGUAGUUAGUAUAAUGGUAGGAAAAAUUGUUCAAGAAUACGCCUAUUUUCCAGACGGUGUAGAGAAAAAUACAGGAGAUACGACCACAAUUCCUGACCCUGAUGUGCAAUACGAUCCUACAGAAGUGGCAACCGCAGUUACAUUUCUGGCUGGAAUUUAUCUGCUUAUCAUGUGGAUUUUUCGUCUAGGGGCUCUUAGUACUUUGUUAUGCGAGCCCCUGAUAAACGGUUUUACUACAGCCGCUGCUGUUGCGGUUCUCAUCAGCCAAAUGAAAGAUUUAUUGGGCCUUAAAAUUCCGAGACACAAUGGAAUGUUUAGUCUUCCCUAUAACUUAUACGAAACAAUUAUAGGUUUACCGACCGCUAAUACUGCUACUAUAAUAGUAUCAAUAUCUGUGAUAUUUGUGAUGACAUUGAAUAACGAACUACUUAAGCCUUGGUUGGGUAAACGAUGUCGGAUGCCAGUUCCUGCGGAACUAUUGUGCGCCAUAGCAGGCACCGCUGUUUCAUACCUUCUUGAUCUUAAGCAAAACUACAAUGUGCCCAUUGUUGGAGAAAUACCCACGGGUUUGCCAACACCAAGUUAUCCACGAUUUUCUUUACUACGUUUGGUAGCUGUCGAUACAAUCGCCGUUGCCAUUGUUUCCUAUUCCAUCGUGAUGUCUUUAGGAUUGAUAUUUGCGAGACGCCUUGGAUAUACCAUAAGGCCAAAUCAAGAACUUCUAGCAAUGGGUUUGGCAAAUUUGGUAGGAGCUGGAUUUUCAUGUAUUCCCAUUGCUUGUUCAUUGACCAGAACCAUGAUCCAGGCAAAUAUAGGAGGAAAAACGCAAAUGGCGACGGUCAUAUCAGCUUCUAUUAUAUUAAUCGUACUUUUAUGGAUUGCUCCUUACUUACAGUAUUUACCACGUGGAGUUCUGGCAGCUAUUAUAUUAGUCGCUUUGAAAGGAAUGUUCAUGCAAGUAAAAGAUUUGAAACGAUUUUGGCUACUGGGCCCUAUACAUGCUGCUAUAUGGGUAGGAACAUUUUUAGGAGUUGUCUUCAUUAGCAUUGAUAUGGGGUUGCUAAUUGGCGUCGUGCUAUCUUUGAUGACUUUAUGGUUUGGAAAUAGAUCGAAUUGCAAAGUGAUGGGUCGUAUACCAGGAACUGACUUAUAUGCUGAUGUUAGUUCAUACAAACUGGCUGAAGAAUUACCACAUAUUAAAAUUAUUCAUUACGAUGGAAAUAUCAGUUUUGCCGCAUCAAGCAGUUUCAAGAAAUCCAUUCUCAAAAAUAUACAAUUUGCUCCCGCACAUGAGGAAGAAGAAGCAUUGCGGGAUACAAAAUCAGUCCGUGUCAUAAUUUUGGACAUGAGUUCUGUUCGCCAUGCAGAUGCCGAGGGAAUGUGUUUUCUGUUUCAAAUGAAACAUGAACUAUCUCAAAAAAAUAUUAGUAUUACAAUGGCAGCCCCAAGUGAUGGAGUAUUAGAAGUAAUUCGUAGAUUAGAAAGCAUUGGACCAAAGUCUUGUGCUGCUUUGAAAACAACAAAAGCAAUAGAAGCCUUUCCUACAAUUCAUGAUGCAGUAAUACAUUGCCAACAAACUCUUAAUGAAUCUGUAUAAUGAUACCGAUACUGUAAAUUGUAAUAAUCCUGUAC